ACUCGCCCCAACCCAACUGCACGAGAAGAUUUAACCGCAGGGAGAGCCCCCUUCUUUCUCCGUCGGACGAGACCAGAGGAAGACUAUGGGAGGCGAUCGGAAGAUCGGGGUGGCGCUGGACUUCUCCGGGAGCAGCAAGCGGGCGCUGCAAUGGACCAUUGACAACCUCCUCGACAUCGGUGAGACCCUCAUCGUCAUCCAUGUCCUGCGCCCCAAGUCGUCGUCCGGCUCCAAGCACUCCGAUUCUCCUCCUUUGAUCCCCCUGACGGAGUUCCGGGAAUUGGAGGUGAUGAAGAGGUACGACGUGGAAGUGGAUAUCGACGUCCUCGAUAUGCUCGACACCGCGUCCAGACAAAAGGAGGCGACGAUCGUGGUGAAGUUGUACAAUGGAGACGCGAGGGAGAAGCUGUGUGAAGCCGUGGAAGAGCUGAAGCUUGACUCGCUGGUCAUGGGCUCCCGAGGUCUUGGCCAGAUCCAGAGGAUUUUACUGGGUAGUGUAUCGAGCUAUGUUCUGUCACAUGCACCAUGCCCUGUUACUGUUGUCAAAGAUACAAACCUCAAGCGUUGAUGCGUCCGCUGCCCUAAUAAAUUCAUACAGUGCAAAAAGGUUUGAGAGUGAACAGCCCCACGAUGACAUGGUGAAUUUCUAGUUACUUCUAUGAACCUGCGAUUGUGUGAGACGUGUGCAAAGACUUGGAAACCAUCUUAUAGUGCUUUAUAUGUUUGCGACCAAAAACUUCUCGAGAAUAAAUUAUAAGCAGUGUGAGUCCGUUGGAUCUCCUUUA